UAUGCAAGACAAAAAAGCCGUGCACAGAGAGAGAGAGAGAGAGAUGAAGGGAGUAGGAGGGCCAUUGCUGUGCAUAGGGGAUUUGCUUAGCGAUCUUGGAGAGAAAGAAGACGAUGUUAUUAGAGCAGGUGAUCAUCGCCGAUCCCACAAAGAAGCGGGUUCACCUUCUUCAUCUUCAAUUCCUGAUUCUGACGAUACCCUUCAAUCCUCCUUGGAUCUUACCAAGCUCUUCGAGGAAAACUACAGCCACUUGAAUAAAGCACUUGCUGGAACAGAUCACUCCUGGACAGCUAUGACUUUAAAGUUAUGCACGGCUCUGGAAACUGCAAAUGAGUUGGUCCAGUCCACCAACUCAAACGUCAGACUGCUGUCUGAGAAAGUUGGAGAGCUUGAGAAAAUUGUCAAGAGGGGAGAUUCUGCUGUUGCGGCAGCCAAGGCAGUUCAUGUUUCUCUAAACCAAAAAGGUGGUCCAUUUAUGGGCAGUAAAAAUGUCUAGUAGUUUAGGUCGCCUUUGAAAAUGGCUGGUAAAGUGCAUUUACUGGAAUUAUAUUUUCUGUUUCAAUUAUUUCUCUUUCGUAUAUAUGUUUUUGUUCUUCUAUUCCCACUGGUAAAUCAGCUACAACAAUUUAGAAUUUUCAUUUGAAUAGGGAUUAAGGAUGCAGAGUGAAGUUUUAGAUUGAGUGGAACUUUGUCUGCCAAAUGCUAAGUUGUGUUUUAUUUAAACUACCUUGAUAAUAUGUUAAAGGCUCAAUCAAUGGUAAGUCGUUGCUUGAAUUCUGUCA